AUGAUUAAAACGAAACUAGCACAGCCAUUUUUGUAAUGGACUGAGAGACAAGUACGAAUUUUAAUUAAAGUUAAUACGUAAAUUUCCUAUCUAUAACAAUUCCGAUGAUUUCUUUCGAGUGAUAUUAUUUUGUGAAAGGAUCGGAGGAUCAAAACUGAGGCUGGACAAGAAAAGAAAUAAAAUGAAAUGUACAUCACGAUAAUACAAGAAUAUGCCAUCAAAGAAAUCGAAAAGAAAACAAGGAAGAGCUUUGUCUGAAAGUGAUGGUAAUCCAGGAAUCAGAAGGGCAGAAGGAGCAGCAGAUGAAGCAGAAGUACAAGGACAAAGUGAAACGUCUGUAACGCAGUUUAUAUCAGGCACGAAUAUUCAGAUUGGUGAUAAAAAUGUUAUAAAAGACGAAAGGAGAAUUUCAAGUGAUGUAGAAUAUGCAACUGAAGGAGCAUGUGCCUCUAGUUCAACCUCAGAAGCACAUCAUAAAACCUAUGCAGAAGCUCUCACGGGUGAAGUAAAAUGUAUCAACCAACAGAUAAAUGCAGGAAAUGUGACCAUCAAUAUAAAUACAAGAACAGACACACCGGAUACUGAAAAAGAGUCGCUCUCAGGAGCAACUUCAAAGUUUCAAAGACAGCAAGUUGCUUCUUUCCUCAAAGCUGUUGACAGGUUUGACAGAGGUAAUUUUAUUUUGGUAACUGGUAAGCAGACCGAACUUGAGUACACAGAUUCACUAACAUUAGUAAAAUGGACUGCUGUAUUAGAUUUUGAUCCAGAAAGUAGAACCAAGGGACUUUUGUCAAGCGUAGAGUCUACGCUCAACAAACGUCGAUUAUUACAUAUAGGUAGUAUUCAAGAUACCUUUUCAUUCUCAGAGCAAAUAACUAACUGGAUAUUUAUGAUGGGUUGUGUAGACAGACCAGAUACAAUGACUGCUAAUGAAGCUAAUAUUUGGAAAAAGGCUAUUGAGGAGGAAAUAGAUAAUACAAUUUUGCUUUUAAAACAAUUUGAAACAGGUGUAACCAAUUUUACAUUUGUAGUCCUUUGGCCUUCUGAUUCUUAUACAGCAAAAUGUGCACAAUUUGUUAUUAGUAAGUUUUGUACUCGUAUGAGCUCUUCUGUAGUUAUCAUAGAUACGGGUAAACAGAAGUCCCAAAGUUCAUUGCUAAACUUAGACAUUCUUAAAGAGGAGAAUAAUGUAAACGUAGUAGAACUGGGGUUUAAAGAAUUAUAUCGAGCUAUAACAAAUGUCAGGAGAGAUGUAAUAGAGUCAGCUGGUUAUUUCCUGCCAACUAAAAACAAAACCAAUGAUCCACGAAUUUCAGAAGAAAAAGCACAAUGGUUGAAGGAGGACUUUGAAAUUCUUUACACUGAUAAUAAAACUGGCAAACAAGAUCUCACUGUAGAUCAGAUGGUGAAAGAAAUAGAUAAUUUUAACAAGGGAGGAACAUUGCCAUGGUUUUGGUGGUACAUUGUUGGCACUGGUCACGCUGAAAUCCAGAGAGAUAUAAUGCAUGCGAUAUUAAGAAGCAUCAAGGAAUGUAUAAAGAAUCGUAAAUCUGAGACCAUUACAUUGCUGCAUUCACCAGGCUCCGGAGGCACAACACUUUCCCAAAGUAUUCUUUGGGCACUUAAAGAUACUGUGCCAUGCGCACAAAUAAAACACAAUUCUGGCUCGGCUGUGACGGAUCUCGUCGAAAAGAUCACUUGUUUAAGUGACAUUACAAAUAUGCCCGUGGUUAUUUUACUAGAUGGAGAAGACGAAUACAGAAUUAAUUCUCUCAAGAAACUUUCGGAACGCAUGAAAAUAUGCGUAAUAAUGUUUUGGGUGCGGCGCUUUAUUGGUGAAAUUGAUGAUUUUCUGUAUAAAGGUAGAAUCAUCACAUUUAAGUUAGGUGAUAAGCUUUCAAAACGAGAAGCAAAACUAUUGAGAUUGAAAUGUAAGCAUAUAGAGAAUGAUAAGCGUCGUAAAAUCGUGGACAAGCUUGUUGAAGAUGUUGAAAAUGAUAAGACGAGGACGAUAUUUGAAUUCGGAAUUGCUGCUCACAGUUACGAAUACCAAGGAAUUCAAUCAUACGUCAAUGGCUAUUUAAAGCUUUUCAAAAAUGAGGACCAACAACUGCUACCAUGGCAAAGGUCUCUUGAACAUUUGUCCCUUAUUUAUUAUUACGGUCAUUCAUCAAUCCCUUGCCACUUUUUAACCGAUAUUGUUCAGACAACGACGGAAAAGAAAAAUAUUAUUGGAAAGGAAGACUUCCCGCAAGAAAUGCAAGAAUUUAUUGUAAAUGGAGUAAACGAAUCAAGAACAAAUACGGUACGAAUAAGCCAUUAUUACAUAGCAAAGGAAAUUCUCGACCAGAUUUCGACAAGGGAAACCAGUAUUGAGAGACCUACAUCACCUUAUUUGUGCUCUGAAGCAGUACCAUCUGUCCUGAAGGAACAUAGAGAUUGUCUUGAGGACGAAACCCAAAAGAAACGUUUUAAAGGUCGAAAUAAGCCGUUGUUUUCACACAUUUUGGAAGACGCGAGUUCCAGCGCUCCAUUCUCGGAGAGAUUCGACAUUUUAAAGCAGCUUGUUACAUCGUUCCCUUCAGAAGCGCAAUUUCGGGCACAUUUAGGCCGACUCUACAUGAUAUGUCAACCAGAGAAUGAAAAGAAAGCAGAAGAAAACCUUCGAAAAGCCUAUGAAAUGAGCUCAGCGAUACUUGAUGAAAUAAAAAUCAUUGAUGAAAUUCCGUACUCCAGGAGACUUGACAUACGAAAUAUUUGCCAUAUAUAUGGGAAUAUGCUGUCUAAAAAGGUAUUCAAAUAUACAGGUAAAUGUAGCACUGACAGACCUGCUAUACGGAUUGAGGACGACCAGUUCCAGGCUAUUGCCGAAGAACUUCUCCCUGACAUUCAAAUGGCUUGUUUACUGUUUUCAAAAAACAGAGAGAAAGAACCAGAGGUACAAUUUGUAGUAAGCUGCUACGAAAAGAACUUCAAAACGGAUUACUUUCGUGACAAAGAUAUAAAUUCAGAUUAUCGCGAAUGGUUAAUGGCAAUACGACACCCUUUGUUUUCAGAACGGUAUUCUGUUGAAAAGGUUCUUAGAAAUGUAGAAAAUUGGCACGAGAAUGCUCAACAAGAUAAAAAUCCAAGGCGAAGAAUCUACGCAAAGUUUUAUUACUUCGUUUUGACAAGUUUAAUCGGCUUUGGGACACAUGGCCAGCUUGGCAAUACUGAACUUCUGCGCAAGUCACAAAUUUUGCGAAAAGAGUUAAACGACAUUGCUAAUUAUUUGCAAAAUCCAUCUAACCAACUGGAGUGGCUUGGUCCGCCUUUGUCAACGAUCGACCGCCUGAUUCCUGGUAGGAGAUUUCACGGCGAUCAGGAUCAUUCAUUUUUGGGAAAGGAAGAACAAAAAGGCCUUGAGAUAAGGUUAGGUACAAUAUGCCCUCCUAAUAAUAGACCUAGUUAUGGUCAUAUCGAUCUUGACCUAGGACCAGAAAAUAGAGAACCCAUAAAGAUACAUUUUGUCCCAAAGAUUUGGAAACUGAAAGGAACGGCAUUCAAGAGCCAUCGAGUAGAAUUUGUCAUUGGUUUCAAUAUAGCACAAGGCUACGAGGCUUUUAUGGUAAAACCGGUGGGUCAUGUCAAGUGUAAACAAAAUACAUGCGGAAACAUUGUGGAAAGAAGGAGUUGCGACAAAAGGGUUAAAUGUCCGAAAUGUCUGCAAACGACAGAUAAUUAGGACGUUUAAGUGAAGAUAAAGGUAUUAAAGAAUAACCAGGAAGCCAUGAAAUUGUCAUAUGAAGUGUCAUUAUAUGAAAUCAACACAGUUUGAAAAAAAAACAGCAAAAAAAAACAACGGUUCCUCUACUCCUGUCCGAUUGUGUGUACUGGGGUAUUCCUUCCCUUAAAUUUGCUGCUGUAAGUAAAACACCUUUGAUUUUAAGCAAAGGAAACUAUUCUGGCUAGUAGGAAAUCACAGUUGUCCUUAAAACCCUUACAACGUUAAAUAUAAACGCAGUAGGGCACCUCCUAGAACACACUGUAUAUAACAUAAACAUAAUGAUAAGUUAUACCUUUUAAUGCGCGAGACUUGUAAUCUCGACAUUGUGGGUUCGAUUCCAGGGUUGGCCAAAUAAAAUUACUCAUUGCAGUCUUUCGCAUGAGAUUGGCACGUUAAGCUUCUGAAAUUGGGGCAUCUUUCUGUGUCUGCAUCUUCCAUUAUCAUCCAAAUUAUAAAAUGACUAAUACUCUUCCCAUAUGGGUUACCAAUGGCGAGUAUAAAUAAACUCAAUAACAAACUAUACUAUACCUUCAUUAUACAUAUCAUUAUCUGAAAUAACCCCAUUUGGUUGGAAGGUUGUUAUUGAUAUAACUACAGAAAGCUCAAACCGCCACUUAUAAAUGCCGUGCAGCCUGAAAUGUUUAUAAUUCAUUUGUGUAACAAAGUUUGAUUGAAACGAGACCAAAUGCCAUAUAGUAAAACGUAAAAAUGAGUUUCUACAUUUUAAUGUUUGCAAGAGUGAAGAUACGAUACUGUGAAGUGUUUAAUUUUACUUCGAUUAUUUGGUUUUUGCAGUUGCUGUGGUUGAUUUUAAAAGUGGUAUAUACCGUAAGGCUUCAGGAAAAAACUAAUAAAUUAUUAUAGAUGAAUUUAAAUAUUUACAAAAAUCGUUUUGAAAGGCCUAAAAUCAUUUAUUUUUCUUCUCGUCUUUAAAAAAAUGUUACUGUUAACAACAAAAAAUGAUGGUUUAAUUAUAUUUGUGAUUGAGUGGUUAUAUUAGAUCAGUUGUAGUUAUUUGCUCUGUAUAAUUUUUAAAACACAUUUUUUUUAUAUACAUUGUAUCAUGUGUAUGUUCGGAUAGAUUUUUGUUUAACCCAUUUCCUUGCGAUACUGUUGUUAAUUCAAAAUAUAGAUAAAAUCUGCAUACUAGGUGAUGAUGGGCACAAUAAGUAUGCAUAUUUAUAAUGGCAGUUUAGUUAUCUAUCCAUAAUGUGUCCAUAUAAAUCCAUGAAAGAGCAGAAAACAGGGAGAUAGAUGAAUAUUGUCUUUAAUUUACUUUGUGUUAAAUCAAUGUCACUUGUUGUGUAAGUUCUCUUCUUUUUUAUGCUGAUUUAUAUGUAUUGAUGUUUGUCUGUCUAAAGUAUCAUAUUUGACAUGAAUCUAUUGUAAAUAUUGAAUGUUAAUUAGUUGAAGAAUAUAUAUGAAGGAUAUAAAACAAUAUAUGUUUUGGUUUAUGAUCAGAUAAAAAGUAACAUACAUGUAUUUUCAAAAUUAACCAUCUUCAAAAGACCUUUAUUCUGCGAGUGCUUUUUUUUUGGA